ACUUGUAUUAAAUAAAAUUACAAGCAAAAACUGGCAGAUAUAUAUUUUAUUCACUUAUUUUAUUACAUCAUUUAUUUUCAAACCUAUUUAUUUAAUUUUAAAUCAUUCCAAUUAUCCUUACUUUACUGUUGCCAACAUGUAAACUUUGCAUAAAUGUACAUAUAGCAAAGAAUGUAGAUUAUAUACAUAUAUAUAUAUUUUACAUUCUCUGUGGCUAGUAUGCAUACAGAUGUGCAAAUGUCAUUGCAAACAGCUGUAUAAACAAAAGUACAUAACUACCCAACAAAUAAUGGAAUACCGAAAUAAUGAUCCUGGAGCUGUACAAUAUGGAAACUUCAUAAACUACUAUGAUUUCAAUAACGCAGGACAACGUUUAAAACUACUACCACGCGAUGUGUGGAUUGACACUGAGAAUCCCCAUUCUGGUGAGCCCUACUUGGUACUCGAUAUUGGCUGCAAUGCUGGAAACCUGACUCAACUGUUGUUUACAUUUUUAAAUGAAUGCGUUGGUGCAACGCAUGGUCGUAAUAUACAAAUACUAGGUGUUGACAUCGAUUCAGAUUUAGUAAAGCGAGCUAAAACAGGAAAUGAAUUUCCGUCAAAUGUGAGUUAUGAUCAUCUGGAUGUUAUGGAUUCAAAUGGGUCUUAUCAAAUUAAAGAAUAUUUACACAAAUGGAAUCGUAAAACUUUUGACGUGGUUUGUAGUUUUUCUGUAACCAUGUGGAUUCAUUUGAACCAUGGCGACGACGGUUUAAAACUAUUUCUAGAGAAGCUUUGUGACUUGGCUGAAUUGCUUGUUGUUGAACCACAACCAUGGAAAUGUUAUCAAACAGCAUUACGACGAAUGAAAAGAGCUGGCGAUGAAUUUCCCCUUUAUAAAGCUCUGCAAUGGCGUACAAAUGUAGAAGAAUGCAUACAAGUUUUCUUAGAAAGUAGUUUGGGAAGAAAAAAAGUGUUUGAAUGUUUACCCACUCGAUGGCAGAGGCGUAUUUGCUUUUAUCGGUGACAUGGUUGUUUCAAAAUGAGUUCCAAUCAUCUUUGAAAUAUAUAAUUUAUAUACAUUUACUUUUUUUUAAAAAAUAAAUUAGAAUUACAUUGACAAUCAUAAUUGUAAAAACUAAGCUCUCCAUAGAUUUUGUAUUAAUAUAUAUAUAUAUAUAUAUGUAUGCAGUAUAUACUUAGUGAUAAAUUUAUUGUUAUAAGGUUAUAAUAAACAGUUAAUUUGAGCGAUCCCAUCGCCAAAUGGUGCCAUCAUCACAAACACA